GCAGGCGCAGAGGAGGAUGCGCUCAGUCUGACACGAGCCCUCAUGACGCGGUAGCAGCAGACAGCUGAGGAGCACAGUUUUGAGGUAAAAAUGGCUGUGGAGAAACGUCUGGCCUUCGCCAUUGUGCAGUUCCUCCGAGAUCAAACACAUUGUGGUGUUUUGAAUUCUGAUGAGCAGGAAAGCCUCGAGGUUGCAAUACAGUGCUUGGAGACCACCUUCAAGAUCAGCUCCAGUGACUGCCAUCUUGCAGUGCCACAGCCACUUAGAGAGAUAUUUCUCAAUGCUCUGCUCAAGAAUGACAACCUCACUUUACCAGAGACCUUCCCAUCUCCAGAAGACAUCGAACGGGCAGAACAACUUAAGAAUGAAGGGAACAAUCACAUGAAGGAGGAGAACUACAGAUGUGCAGUGGAGUGCUACACAAAGGCCAUAGAUCUGGACCUAAGAAACGCUGUCUAUUACUGCAACAGGGCUGCAGCACACAGUAAACUGGGAAAUUAUACUGAGGCAACUGGUGACUGUGAAAGAGCCAUUGGGAUUGACCCAACCUACAGCAAAGCAUAUGGAAGGAUGGGUUUGGCUUUGACAGCUAUGAACAAGUAUCCAGAGGCAAUUUCUUACUUCAAGAAAGCUUUGGUGUUAGACCCUGAAAAUGACACAUACAAGUCCAACCUGAAGAUCGCAGAACAGAAGCAAAAAGAAGCAUCCAGCCCAAUAGCUGCUGGAUUGGGAUUUGACAUGGCUAGCUUAAUCAACAACCCUGCCUUCAUCAGCAUGGCUGCAAGCGUUAUGCAGAACCAACAAGUGCAACAGCUUAUGUCAGGAAUGAUGUCUAAUGCAGUUGGAGGUCCUGCAGCAGGAGUGGGAGGACUGUCAGAUAUCUCCAGUUUGAUUGAAGCGGGACAGCAGUUCGCCCAGCAGAUCCAGCAGCAGAACCCCGAGCUGAUCGAACAGCUGAGGAACCACAUCCGGAGCCGCUCCUUCAGUGGCAGCGCCGAGGAGCACUCAUGAUCUUUUCAGCCACACUUCCCCCCCUACCCCCUCCCAUGAGGAAGAGCCACUAUAUGGCGUGAUAGCAAUCUCUACACCCACUUCUUUAAGUCAAAUCCCCGGCGUAGCUGGAUUGAAGAGACAAGGAUGGGGCUGAAGGCACUUUACUGUGAAGAAAAGGCCCUGAAGUGGAGGCAGGAGGGCCUGGAGACUGGAACAUGAUAUGAAACAUCCCACAGAUGUAGGAGAAAACAUACCUUACUCACUGAUAUCUUACUACAUGUGUGAAUCCUUUCCUCAGAGCUUUUACAUCAGGCAGAGAUCAUGUUUUAUAUGUGCUGAAACUACUGCCGUCUUCAUGUUAUGAGUUGAGGAUCCAUCCGUCUGGUCAUGAUGGAUAGAGGGUUAGGGAGGAAUGUACUCUAACUGCAUUUUCAGCCUUUCUCAUACAAAUCUGGUUUACUUUGUUUAUUCUAUUUUUGUAGUCAGAAUUCUCUGUAAUUGUUUAUUGCAAAACCAUUCAGUCUUUGAACACAUGGGACUCAUCGUUGCUUUGUAAUAAUUAACUUUUUAAUUAAGACCAUGUAAGCGUAUAGCAGUGUUUGCAGCCUUUUGUUACGCUGUUAAAGCACUUUAGCAGGAAUAAAUGCUGUCCCCUUUGAGCAGGUUUAAUUACUGAUGAACAACAUAUUCAUAGUUUAUUUUGCAUGCUCUAAAAUCUGGUAUUUGAGCUCCGAUACUUUAUGGAAACAAGUAGGUAUGCCACGACAGUACUAGGUUUUAUCUAAUACAUAUGAAUAAAUGUCUUGAAACUGAA